CGGCUUGCAGACAUCGACCCGGACCACCGACCACAGUUGCGGCCACACGGCGUAGCAACAACUGCACAUCAUGGUCCCGCAAGGACGGGUUGGCCUCGACCCCAAUGUGACGUGGGCCAACUGAUGGAUCCUUUAUGCGCGCCCUUCUUCAACUCAAUUGCCCUCGCGGGCUCUCGCCAUUCAUUGGAAUCAUUGCCAAACAUCCGCGCCACAGCUGAACGAUAUCCCGACGUCUUAUCACGUUGCUUAUAUGCCAAUCGCCAGGGACACCUCUAUUCUGGGUUCGCCUGCGUCCUCUGA